AUGGCAUUGUACAUUCCAAUUCUCGUCGCUGUCGCGGUCAUUCUCCUUGCUUUAGCAAAGAUAGAACAAACCCCCUUAAGCAAAAGCGGAUAUAUCGAACCGCCGUUAGUUCGAGUCAGCCUUUGGCAACUCUGGACCCACGGAACCCAAAUCCUCGAUCAGUUGGCCGCAAAGCACAUAGACGACUUUCCCGAUGGGAUUUUCACCGUCUCCAUUUUCGGCUGGAAAAUAUACGUCGUUAAUUCUCCGCAACUUACUCUUACCAUCCAAGCAAGAUCGAAAUAUACGGGUCUCGGAUGGAUUUCGGUGCUCGUUAUGGCGAGCAUGGGCGGCCAACCAAAGAAAGCUACCGAGCUCUUAUUUAAGGGCGUUGACCGUGGUGACGUGGGGAACGGUAUCGGUUUUGUACACGACUAUCACAAAGUCGAGUUGCGAACCAUGUCACUGGGCAAUAGUCUUGAUGCCAUGAGAAGUGACUUCGCCACAGCAUGGCAGCCGAUCCUCGAGUCACUUCGGGAUUCGGUGAAUAAUGGGCAGAAAAACGUUAACAUAUGGCACUGGCUGCGUAUGUCCGUCACAGUCUCCGUAUCUCGAGCAGUUUGGGGGCCCACUAGUCCUUACUGCACCAAGCCCGAGUUGUGGGAGCAAUUCUGGACUUUCAAUAGCGGAUACAACUUUUUGAAAUACAGCUUCCCACGUCUGUUCGCGUGGCGUGGGGCGGUCGCUCGUGAAAAGGUUGUUGAUGCUUUCGUUGAAUAUGAAAAACAAGGAGGGUUUGAGCACGCAAGCGCGCUUGCUCAAUCACGCAAAGCCGCCCUUGACAAAACUGGGCUUGGAAUUCGUGAGGUGGCUCGGAUGUCACUACCACAAAGCGUGGGGCAGUUCGAUAACGCCGCCACCGUCUCUUUCGCGGUCUUGUCAUUUAUUCUCCGAGACCCCAAACUCCAGGCAAGAAUCCGGGAGGAGCUUGGACCGCUCACUUCAACCGACCAUCGCGGAAAUCCCUCCGUCGACCUAUCCCGGGUGGAGUUAGAAUGCCCCCUGCUGCUCUCAACAUUCCAUGAAGUACUGCGUCUGAUUGCAGUAGGAGUGACAGUUAGAAGGGUCGAGCAGGAUUACCCAUUGGAGGUGAAGACUGGCGGCAAUCAGACUCAGUACUUCCUCCGCAAAGGUAGUUUCAUAUGGAGCUCUGGCAUCGCCAUCCACACAUCGCCCAAGUUCUACACCAAUCCGGAAGAGUUUGAUCCUGAGCGAUUCCUAGGCGUACGGUUUCCAGAGACCCAAAUCCCUGAUAUAUUCCGGGCAUUUGGCGGCGGUGGAAAUAUCUGUCUAGGGAGGCAUUUUGCUCGUACCAUAGUGCCAGGAGCGGUUGCCAGCCUGUUGAUGUGCUUCGACUUCGAGCCAGUCAAUGGGGUACCAUUAUGCGUGCCACACCGGACAGAUCUCUUGCUUGGUCAUGCCACCCCCAACCCAUUUGGAAAUACGAAUAUCAACCUCAAAACUAGGGUGCUCGCUUGA